AUGCGCCGCGUUCGAGUCUCGUCUCACCACUCUCCGGUCCAGAAGCUGGGCGAUUCCGACAUGAAGCUGACGCCCAGGUUCCGGCUCGCCGGCACCACCUCACCGUCCUCAACCGAACCGGAGCAGCAACCUCCAUGGGAGAUGCCCCUCAUCCCGGGCCUCCCGGACGACGCGGCGCUCAACUGCCUCCUCCGGCUGCCCGUGGAGGCCCACGGCGCCUGCAGGCUCGUGUGCCGCCGCUGGCGCCACCUGCUGGCCGACAAGGCGCGCUUCUUCACGCACCGCAAGGCCAUGGGCCUCCGCUCGCCCUGGCUCUUCACGCUCGCCUUCCACCGCUGCACGGGCAAGAUCCAGUGGAAGGUGCUGGACCUCGACUCCCUCGCCUGGCACGCCAUCCCCGGCAUGCCCUGCCGGGACCGGGCCUGCCCCCGCGGCUUCGGCUGCAUCGCCGUCCCGGGCGAGGACGCCGCCCACCUGCUCGUCUGCGGCGGGCUCGUCUCCGACAUGGACUGCCCGCUGCACCUGGUGCUGAAGUACGACGUUUGCAAGAACCGCUGGACCGUCGUGCCCCGGAUGCUCUCGGCGCGCUCCUUCUUCGCCGGCGGCGUCAUCGACGGCCGCGUGUACGUCGCCGGGGGAUACAGCACGGACCAGUUCGAGCUGGACUCGGCGGAGGUCCUCGACCCGGUGAACGGCGUGUGGCAGCCGAUCGCCAGCAUGGGCGCCAACAUGGCCUCCUCGGACUCCGCCGUCGUCGGCGGCAGGCUCUACGUCACCGAGGGCUGCGCGUGGCCCUUCUUCUCGUCGCCGAGAGGGCAGGUGUACGACCCCAAGGCCGACCGCUGGGAGGCGAUGCCGGCCGGGAUGCGCGAGGGGUGGACGGGGCUCAGCGUGGUCAUCGACGGACGCCUCUUCGUCAUCUCCGAGUACGAGAGGAUGAAGGUGAAGGUCUACGAUCCGGAGACGGAUUCCUGGGAUCCUGUGGACGGGCCUCCCAUGCCCGAGCGGAUCAUGAAGCCUCUGUCCGUGAGCUGCCUGGAGAGCAAGAUCGUCGUCGUCGGCCGUGGUCUCCAUGUGGUCAUCGGCCAUGUCAAGAAGCAAUCUUCUUGUGAUUACUUGGUUCGUUGGCAGGAUGUGGAGGUUCCCAGGGCGUUCAGCGAUCUCACGCCUUCAAGCAGUCAGAUUCUACAUGCUUAA